ACCCUUACGUCAAAUGUCAAUAUCAUACGUCUUAUUGUUUUCGAUUUUUGAACGAACCAAAAUCGAGUAGGUUUGUUCGCGGACAGGGUUUCGCAAUAAUUAAUUAAAUUAUUAUAACUAAUAAUCAUGUUGUCCAGCCUAAGGUCUGGAGUUAGCAACUUGUGGAGAGUGUCUUCCAGAGCCCUGCAGACAUCAUCUACCCUUCAACAUGAUAGCUUGUUCGUGCACAGAGAUACCCCCGAGGACAACCCUAAUAUUCCAUUCGAAUUCACAUCGGAAAACAAACAGCGAAUUGAUGCUCUUUUAGCAAUUUACCCUGAGGGCCACAAGCGUGGUGCGAUGAUUCCUCUAUUGGAUUUGGCUCAACGUCAAAAUGGUGGUUGGCUACCUAUAUCUGCUAUGCACAAGGUUGCUGAAAUACUGAACCUCCCUCGCAUGAGAGUGUAUGAAGUCGCUACCUUCUAUACAAUGUUUAUCAGGAGGCCGAUCGGCAAGUACCAUGUUCAAGUCUGUACGACCACUCCCUGCUGGUUGAGGGGCUCUGAUGCUGUGUUGAACGCAAUUAAAGAAGCUACAGGCUGUGAGGUUGGUGGAAACAGCCCUUGCGGCAAGUUCUCACUGUCUGAGGUGGAGUGCUUAGGAGCAUGUGUAAAUGCACCAAUGGUACAAAUCAAUGAUGACUACUAUGAGGAUCUCUCAAUCGACGAUACUAAAGAAAUUAUCGAAAAACUCAAGAAGGAUGAAAAACCAAAACCUGGACCAAGGAGCGGUAGAUUCGCAUCAGAACCUCUUGGAGGACUCACAUCCUUAACUGAAGAACCAACUGGCCCUGGCUUCGGAGUACAGGACGCGUUGAAGGCGUAAACUAUUGUAAAAUAAAGAUAUUUAAAUAAAUCAUGUUAGAUUAUA